CCAGUCCCCGUUGACACACGCGCACACACACAAAGACACACACGAGAGCUGAGAUGUGACUGUUCACCAGAGGAAUACUGCGUGUUUCUGAGGGAUUUUCUUUUCUGUCAGCCGGAUAAUGAGAGAGGACAGGCGGGGAAUAAUUUUGGCCAUGCAGGCCACUUGGGUCGCGGUGCUUCUCUGUGUGACUACUUCGGUCUGCGCUGUGGAAGAGACAGUGAUGGAUACAAGGACAGCGACAGCUGAGCUUGGCUGGAUAUCGUUCCCUGCCAAUGGGUGGGAGGAGGUGAGUGGCUAUGAUGAGAACCUCAACACCAUCAGGACAUACCAGGUAUGCAAUGUGUUUGAGCCCAGCCAGAACAACUGGCUCCUCACCACUUACAUUGACCGGCGGGCGGCACAACGCAUCUACGUGGAGAUCCGCUUCACUGUACGCGACUGUGCCUCCAUCCCCAGCGUCCUGGGCUCCUGCAAAGAGACGUUCAACCUGUACUACCUGGAGACCGACCGGACUGUGUCAGAAGGCAUCAAGGGGGUGGAGUACUGGGCCAAUGCUCCUUUUCUGAAAGUGGACACUAUCGCAGCAGAUGAGAGUUUCUCCCAGGUUGAUUUUGGAGGAAGGCUAAUGAAGGUGAACACAGAAGUUCGGAGUUUUGGGCCGCUGUCCAAAGGCAGAGGGUUCCACUUGGCCUUCCAGGAUCUCGGCGCUUGCAUGUCUCUUCUUGCUGUCAGAGUAUUCUACAAGAAGUGCCCCAGUAUAGUGCAGAACUUUGCUUUUUUCCCAGAGACACUGACUGGAGCAGAGUCCACGUCAUUAGUCAUCGCUAGGGGAAAUUGUAUCCCCAACGCUGAGGAAGUAGACGUGCCCAUAAAGCUCUACUGUAACGGCGAUGGAGAAUGGAUGGUACCCAUCGGCAGCUGCAGCUGCAAGGCGGGUUAUGAGCCAGACAAUGGCAACGUGUGUCGAGCUUGCCCUCAGGGCACCUUUAAGUCGUCCCAGGGGGCAGGAUUAUGUCAGCAAUGUCCGCUCAACAGUCGCUCUACCAUCGAGGCUGCCACCCUCUGCGGUUGUCGCAAUGGCUAUUACCGUGGAGACAUGGACAAACCGGAGGACGUGUGCACCAGUGUCCCUUCAGCUCCUCGCAACGUCGUCUCAGUUGUCAAUCAGACAUCGGUUAUGCUGGAGUGGCAUUCUCCACGUGACCUCGGACACCGUGAUGACCUGUCAUAUAAUGUCUUAUGCCGCCGGUGCCACAGCAGUGAGCGCCGGGCAUGUCAGCCGUGUGACGACAGCGUGGCAUUCGUUCCAGGGAAGCGAGGGUUAAAGGAAACAAGGGUGGAGAUCAGCAAGCUGCGGGCUCACACGUCAUACACCUUUGACAUACAGGCAGUCAAUGGAGUCUCCAACAAGAGCCCUUAUCCCGCCCAGCAACUGUCAAUCAACAUUACAACCAAUCAGGCUGCUCCCUCAGCAGUUCCCAUAAUGCACCAAGUGAGCUCAACGAGCCGCAGUUUCUCGUUGUCAUGGCCACCACCCGAACAGCCCAACGGGAUUAUCCUCGACUACGAGAUACGAUACUAUGACAAGUCCCAGUCAUCAGUGCUGAACAGUUCAGAGAUCCAGAGCGAAACACCCAGUGUUGUCCUGGAGGGUCUGAGGCCGGGGACCGGCUAUGUGGUUCAGGUGAGGGCCCGCACUGUGGCCGGCUACGGAGCCUACAGCAAGGAGAUGCUCUUCCAAACACUCACCGACGAUGAGUAUAAGUCAGAGCUAGGACAGCAGCUCUCCUUGAUUGCAGGCUCUUUGGUAGGUGGAGUGUGUAUCGUCUCACUGGUAGCUAUCGCCAUCAUCUGUACCAGAAGAAGGCAGUUGAAGGAGAGUGUUUACGGUGAUAAGCUGCAGCAGUACAACACAGGAGGAGAGGUGACUCUGAGGCCUGACAUGUUCAGUGGUCCCGCCCCCACUGUGACCUUUCCCAGCCUGUCCGAAGGUCACAGUUCACCAGGGGUCAAGAUCUACAUUGACCCUUUCACCUAUGAGGACCCCAACGAGGCUGUCCGGGAGUUUGCCAAGGAAAUCGACCCCUCCUGUGUCAAAAUAGAGGAGGUCAUUGGAUCAGGUGAGUUUGGGGAGGUGUACAAAGGUCGCCUCAAGCCUGUUGGGAAAAAAGAAAUUCCUGUGGCCAUCAAGACCCUGAAGGUUGGAUACUCUGAGAGGCAGAGGAGGGACUUCCUGGCUGAGGCAUCAAUAAUGGGCCAGUUUGACCAACCAAACAUUAUCAGACUGGAGGGCGUGGUCACCAAGAGCAGGCCUACGAUGAUCAUCACAGAGUUCAUGGAGAACGGAGCACUUGACUCGUUUCUCAGGCAAAACGAUGGGCAGUUCCCAGUGAUCCAGCUGGUUGGUAUGCUGAGGGGCAUCGCGUCUGGAAUGAGGUACUUGGCGGAAAUGAGUUAUGUUCACCGGGACCUGGCUGCUCGGAACAUCUUGGUUAACAGUAACUUGGUGUGUAAGGUGUCUGACUUUGGCUUAUCACGAUAUCUGGAGGAGGACACCUCGGACCCCACCUACACCAGCUCACUGGGUGGUAAAAUCCCAGUGCGAUGGACGGCUCCGGAGGCGAUCGCCUACAGGAAGUUCACGUCGGCUUCAGAUGUCUGGAGUUAUGGGAUCGUCACCUGGGAGGUGAUGGCAUAUGGAGAGAGGCCUUACUGGGACAUGAGCAACCAAGAUGUGAUAAAUGCCAUCGAGCAGGACUUCAGGCUGCCAGCCCCAAUGGACUGUCCAGUAGUGCUGCACCAGCUGAUGCUGGACUGCUGGCAAAAAGACAGAAACGCACGGCCAAAGUUCCCCGAUAUUGUCAGCAUGUUGGACAAAAUGAUACGCAACCCUGCAUCUCUCAAAGCCGGCACCAACAAUGUCGCCCCUGGUCCUUCUCAUCAUCCUUUGUUAGACCGUGGAGCUCCGGACCUGAGCAGGGUGAGCUCUGUGGAAGACUGGCUGGCUGCACUGAAGAUGACCCAAUACCGAGACUCCUUCAUGGGCUCAGGCUUCACUUCUUUGCCGCUCAUCACACAAAUCACAGCAGAAGAUCUUCAGAGGAUUGGUGUGUCUCUAGCCGGACACCAGAAGAAAAUCCUGACCAGUGUUCAGUCAAUGAGGCACAACAUCGAUGACCAGUCUCCUACUGAAUCUGUGUAGCCACACAGGGGAGCGAUACAGUAUGAAAUAUUUGACGUGUGUACAGUCUGAAUGAGCAGGCUGACAUCUUUACGCUUUGGUUUUCCCCUCAUACACUUCAGUUUGCUGGUCUUGGAGAUCUAAACCACUUUACAUGUUUUUAACAACCACUGUGGCCAUUUAUUUGUCUGCAUGGCCUCAGCAGUCACCAGGUCCCUCCUUCAGUCAUCGGACAGACUUAUCUCAUACAAUUUAGCUUUCCAAAUUGAUUUAAACUAUAUACUUCUCUGAAUGAAUUCAAUGCGGCGUUAGUGAAAGAGAAAAUACAGGGCAGACAUGAUUUAUGAUUGAAAACAAAAAACUCUAUGUGUCUGAGCUUUUCGGUCUCUAAGUGGUACAAUCACAAACACAGAUUUCCUCUCACCCAAAAUCUGCCGGCAGGAUAACUUUUACUUCCAUGAUUGAAAACUAAAGACCAGUUUUUACCAGCUUCACUGUUCAAGGACAACAUGGACUGGUUAUUAUCCAAGGAUACAUCACACAAACUACUACUGCUACUGUGAAGAGGAAACUGAAUGAACAGACAUUUAUAUGAAAGGAUAAAAACUGGACCAAAAGCCUGAAAAAAGUCUUUAAAGCAGUGUUUCUGGA